CUCAUUGAGGCCUUCGUCAACAGUGACUCAAAGUCCGUCCCUCCGAGUCCUGAGACGACCACCACUUCCUUAAUCGACUCCCGUGAGGACAGCGAGGCUGUUAAUGAAGCAGACUUCACCUCUGCGGUAAAUGCGGAUUCGGAUAAGACUGUCGAGUCAGUACUCGUUGACGCCUUCGUCGACAGUGACUCAAAAUCCGGCCCUCCGAGUCGUGAGAUGACUGCCACUUCCUUAAUCGACUCCAGUGAGGACUUCACCUCCAUCCCUCUGACACCGAUAGAUAUGUCAUAUGAAGAUGUCCAAAUACAGAGUAGCACUGGCAGAUGUCAAGCAAGAUCAGCAGCAAAAGAAGAAGUCUUUUUGGAAACGCUUGCUUAAAUGGAAUCCAUGGAAAUGGGCCCAGCGAGCAAGAAAGCAGGAUUCGGAUAAGACUGUCGAGUCAGAACUCAUUGAGGUCUCCAGUGAGGCUGUUAAUGAAGCAGACUUGACUUCUCUGAUAAAAGACAUUUUGGAUAGGGCUAUCAACUCGGUACUCGUUGAGGCCUUCGUCAACAGUGACUCAAAGUCCGUCAUUCCGAGGCGUGUGUCGAAUGCCACUCCCUCAAUCGGCUCCAUUGAGGACAGCGAGGCUGUUAAUGAAGCAGACUUGACAUCUGCAUUCAAUGCAGAUUCGGAUAAGACUGCCGAGUCGGUACUCGUUGACACCUUCGUCGACAGUGACUCAAAAUCCGGCCCUCCGAGUCCUGAGAUGACUGCCACUCCCUCAAUCGGCUCCAUUGAGGACAGCAAGGAUGUUAAUGAAGCAGACUUGACCUCUCUGAUAAAUGACAUUUUGGAUAGGGCUAUCAAGUCGCUACUCGUUGAGGCCUUAGUCGCCAGUGACUCAAAGUCUGUCAUUCCGAGGCGUGUGUCGAAUGCACUCCCUCAAUCGGCUCCAGUGAGGACAGCGAGGCUGUUAAUGAAGCAGACUCUACCUCCAUCCCUCUGGAACCGAUAGAUGUGCCAUAUGAAG